AUGACUUACCUAUUGACCGCCGGGGUUGCACCACAAUGGCUCGCAGAACAAGCUGCCAAAGGAAUCGACGUGGGCCCGCGCAAUGAAAGCCAGAAGAUCGCCGCCAGCAUCCAAAAGAUGCAAGAAGACUUCAAACAAUUCAAUAGCCUGGUACUGGAGGGAAUCAUGCUGCGUCCUGGCGACGAUGCCAGCUGGCAGGACUUUCUCACACUGCUGAAGAAACGCAAAUGGGAUGGCAUCACGCUUGGAGGAGGAGUGCGGACGACUCCAUUCCUCAGCGAUUACUUCACCGAGCUGAUAGCCGCCACCACUCGAGAGCAACCUCAAGCAACGUUGCUAUUUCCCCUUCUUCCCGAGGAUAUUGCCCCAGCAAUCAAGAAGCACAUGCCGACGGUGGAUUAA